AUGAGUGCGGCUCAGAGAAAACGACUCCGAAUUGAUAUAUGUAACGCCAUUAAGAAAAAAGAUUUGAAAAGAAUCCAGGUUUUCAUCUGUCUGAAUUUAGAUUUAUGGCUUUCAAAUGAUUUUUCAGUCACUUACUGAAGGAAAGUCGAGGGAAUUCCUCGAAAAUUGUCUGAAUGAAAAUGUCGGUCGAAUACCGUUGGUCGAAGCUUGCAAAAAACAAUUUUAUAAUAUUGCCGAGUAUUUGGUGAGGCUUGAACAUAUUCAAGUUCUAUUUUAUUGAUUAUUUUGGAGGUCAGUCUUGGCGCUGAUCCGCUUGUUCACUCGCGGAACACAUAUUCGGUUCUCGGGAAAGGUUUUUUGAGAUUUUAAGUCAAAAUAAGAAUUGAAAGGGUACAAUUUUUCAUAUAAUUUUUCCUUAUCGCUCAGCGCCACUAACCGCUCUUCGGAUCGCCAUCGAAAAAGUCGGAGCGCAGAAAAUCGCGAAUCCUAACAGAGCAACAGGACCUUUUAAGGUUUUUCUCAGUUCAAAUGCCAGGUCCAAAGAAAAGAUUUUUCAAAGUUGUUGUUGGAAGGAUCUUUUUUCUUCAAGGCCUUUAAAGAGUUUGAAAAGUCUCUUGGACCUCGCUUAGAUUUCUGAAUUUUUUCUGAUCGUUUUUUCAGCUCGUUAAAAUGCUGGUGGAAGAAGGACAUGUUGAUUUCGAGACGUUUGAAAGAUCCUGGAAGGUUUUUUUUCGAUUCGAUUUUUCUUUCGAAAUCUGUCGAAUUUCAGUCCGGCCAAAAUAAUAUUGAUAAAGACGAGUGUGAUGAUAUGAUGUCCCUUGGCGGACUCAGUUAUGAGCCCUUGCUGUUCAUUCCUUGCAAGCAUUCGAAUCUUGGAAUGGGUAAGAUCCCGUAAUUCGACGAUUUACCCUUGUUUUGCAGUGAAAUACCUUUGUGAACAUGGCGCCUCGGUUGACGACGCCAAUGACGGUGGCUUGACUUGCUUGAUGCUUCCUAGUUUCUUCAGAUCCCCAGAUUCUGUACUUUACGAGUAGUUUUCAGUUCAUUAGUAAUGACUUUUCAGGCGAAAAUUUUCAAGUAUUUGGUUCGGCAAGGUCUUUCCGUCGACGCUGUUACGCCGCGAGGUAAUUUACCAGUGUAACAUGGGAUUUAAGAUUUUAAUUCCAUGUUGGAAAGUUUUUCUUGCAUGCUGUUCAUAUUCUGAAUGCCAAGUUCGAUGAAGUCAUUCGAAAAUGCUCUCUGAUUGGUUUAUCCCGCCAUUAGGGGCGGAGCUUAAACGACGACUUGAGAUUCGAAGAACACACUGUAUACGUAUAAGAUUAAGAAAGCACUUAUUUAAAAAAAAUCCAGUGUGUAACGACCUCCCGUGCAAAGUUACUCUAGCAUCGCUAUUUUUUGUUCGUUUUGAUAACUGUUCGCGUCAGAAAAAUUUUUGUUGUACCUGGAAAUUCCGCUUUCAUAGGAGUAGAAUAUUUGCCAACCCCAGAGUGGUCCCUAUAGGGCCAACUUUAGAGGGUCCUCUCUACGGGACAUUUUACCAACCCCUAUAGAGGCACCUAACGCUUGAAAAAGUCUCUAUAGGGGUUUCAGUUAGUGGCCCCUGCAGGAGACAUGCUAGUCGAUAAUUUUUAUGAAAAACUAAAUACGCGUGUUUUAAAUAAAAUUGAAAGUCUCCUGUAGGGACCACUCAAGCUUUACGGACUAUGGGGUCAGACCCCAAACCCCUACAGUGGCCACCUUGAUUUUACCCCUAUAGGGACCACUUUUUCGGACCCCAUAGGGACUGUUUAUCUACAUUAUUAAAAGGAUCACUCUGAAAUUCUUAAGCGCGGUAAAAAAAAUCUUCUACACACCCAUCCUGCGCGGUCUUGGUGACGAGUCAAACUUUUGAAAGCUCUACAAAAUCACAAUAAUAUCUCAAAACCUCAUACCUUAAUGGCCUUUGAAAAAAAUCCCCUAAACGAGAGCUUUUUGAGGAAGAACGGCGCUCCAUUUCGCUGUAGACGCUGGAAACCUCUUUCUAGUGCAACUUCUGACAGCCGCCGGUGCAAAAAUGAUUCCCGACAAAGAUGGAAACCAUCCUCUUUUGAAAGCCGCUCAGAACAAUACGGAAGCGAGUCUUCUUCAAUUUGAAGCAAUAUCCACGAGUUUUCAGUCGAAAAUUUACAAGCAUCUGUUGGAAUACGUUGACGAUCGAAAAAUGAAGGAAAAUGCAAUUUUACUCAGCGCAGCCUCGAAUCUGUUGUUCCGAUGCAGCUACUACAACAUUCUUAAGCUGAAAAAGGCUUUGAAAUGCUCUCAGAGCUUCAAUGAAGUAUGUCAAACAAGAAAAAAGAAGAUUCUGAGAUAGUACAGCCGAGUAAAUCUCAGCGCCAGAAAUUUGAGUUCUCCGAAAUAUUCAAUUCAGAUACAGGAGAGGUCAUUUUAUUUUACGGUUGCGAUUUCUCUGAAAAAUGGCCAGAACACUUCUUGAUGUACCAGAUGAACAUCCUAAAAGUCUCAACUUGCAAAAUUUCUAGCUCCCGGGAUGAAAAAGGGCUCAAAGCCUCAAAAUAGCCUAUUUUUAUGGAUCUGAGGGUUUUCUUUGACUUUGAGGCGUCUCUUCUCAAAACCAAGAAUUUGUGCAGGUUGAGACUUUCAGGAUCUUCCUCUCGUACAUCAAGAAACGUUCUGGUCAAUUUUCAGGUUAAAAAAAAAUGACCUCCCUUGUCAGCUGAAAAGGUCUCGUGAAAACUUUCAGAAUGAGUGUUUCGUAAAUUUUUUUUUCGUUGAGAUUUUUGGAUUCAUUUUUCUGAGCUCAGUGGUCAAAAACCAGUAACCUGUAGGGUUUUUCUUUUCUAGAAAGUAACCUGUAGGGUUUUUCCUGUCUAGAAAGGAGAAUCCGAACUUGACCCGAAUCCGGCCUACGACUCACUCCGCCUCGGCGAUUUUCAAACGGGUGGACUCCCGAGAGCCGCAAUAAUGCAAGUACGUGAUUUUUCAAUGGUUGCUGGUAACUUUAUGCUUUCCAGUGUUUCAUCGUCCGCGAAAGGAUCCUCGGCCAAGCUCAUAUGGAUGUUCGCUACAAACUGCUUGAUUUUAUUGAUUCGGAACUGGAAGACGGCUUUAAUCCCCGGUUUCUGACUCCAUUGCUCUUCCAGAUCAUUUGUGAAUUUUUUGCAGGAAUAAUGAAAUAACCCGUUAUGCUCUCACUUUGUGCCAGAGGUAG